AUGAAGCUCCACGCAUCGUUUACCUUGCUGCUUCUUCUCUCGUUGACCUCAGGGUCGUGGUUAGCCGUAGCCGUCGUCAAAGAUUCAGGCGGCUUACCUGACGGAUCCACAUGCUACUACGACAAGAACUACACCCCCAUCAAGCCCUACUGCAAGCGAGAUUUCGGGUGUUUGGUUACCACGGUGGUGAAAAACUCACCGCAUGUCUUGUUCAAAGGGAAAUGCGCCUCCGACGUGCCUCUGGAUCAGAUAAAUCAGAAGUACUGCAUGUUCCGCUCCGUCAUGUUCGCACCGGGUACCAGCGGCAUCACGGCUUCGACCAUCUGUCCGCGCUGCACGUGCCAGAAGCUCAAGUCCAGCCCCACUUGCGUGUGUCCGCUGGGAAAGCUGUGCAAGCAGGACGCGGUGGGCCGAUGGAAGGACGGCACGCGAUGCAAGGACACCAGACAGAACCAGUGUGAAGUAUCACGGUUUGUCAAUGACACAUACAUUGGCAACUGCAUCAACAGUGCUCAGGGUCCAAAUGAGUGCGUAAGCGCUGGGCCAGGAUGGGGUCCAAUGUUUGUGAAGAACGGAGCUCAAAACAUGAUCAAGACUGGCGACCUCUGCCAGCGCUGCUCCUGCAUCCGUGGGAAGUUUGUCAACUGCAAGCCUGUGCCUGGAUGCGUCAUGUGUGCACCCAAGACUUCAAGCAACACCAAGCAACAGUGCAGCCAGUGCUGCAAGAAGGCAACCACUCCAGCAGCUGUUGAGUUCUGCAAUACAGCGUGCAACAGAGUUGUUAUAAGUGCCAGCAUGGCGACCGAGGGCGUAGACCGCAAGGAUCAGGACGAGGGUCAAGUGCACGUUCCCGAGGAGCGAGGGUGGAGUAAAUUCUGGGCGUACGUCGGACCUGGAUUCCUCGUCGCCAUAGCCUAUAUCGACCCCGCCAAUUUUGAAAGUGACCUCAAGGCAGGAGCAGCAUAUCAAUACUCGCUGCUUUGGGUUCUACUGCUGGCAUCGCUAGCAGGCCUCCUUAUACAGUCACUGUCCGCCAACCUCGGCAUAGUCACAGGCAAGCAUCUGGCGCAGCACUGCAGGGCGGAGUACCCCCGAGGAGUCAACCUCGCGCUAUGGGUGAUUGCAGAGAUCGAGAUAAUUGCCAGUGACAUCCCAGAAGUGAUAGGAACGGCCUUUGCGCUCAACAUGUUGUUUGGCAUUCGCCUGUGGGCGGGAGUAAUCAUAACCGGCUUCAGCACACUCCUCUUCCUCGGCCUCCAGCGAUUCGGGGUGCGCAACCUUGAGGUGUUUAUAGCGCUGCUGGUGAUGGUGAUAGCGUGCUGCUUCUUCAUUGAGAUGGGGCACGCACCGGUGGAUGGCAUGGCGGUGCUGGAGGGCAUGUUUGUGCCGCGCAUACAGGACCUGGGCGCGCUUGCCAUCGCUAUCUCGCUCAUCGGCGCGCUUGUCAUGCCGCACAACCUCUUCCUGCACUCUGCUCUCGUGCUCAGUCGCAAGCACCAGCGCACCGCUGCAGGAAUCAAGGACGGGUGCCUCUACUCCCUACUGGAAGUGGCAGCGGCGCUCAUCAUUAGCUUCGCCAUCAACGUGGCAGUCAUCUGUGUGGGCGGCGCCGUCUGCUCCGCACCAAACCUCUCCGCGGACGUGCAGGCGAGCUGCAGCAACAUCAGUCUCAGCAACGCCUACUUCCUGCUGCACGACGUGCUGGGCGCCUGGGCCUCCACGCUCUUCGGCGUCGCAUUGCUAGCCUCAGGGCAGAGCUCGACCGUCACGGGGACGUACGCAGGGCAGUACGUGAUGUCGGGGUUCCUGGAGCUGCACCUCGCGUCGUGGCUGCGAAAUUUGCUCACUCGUCUCGUUGCCAUUGUUCCCUCGCUCGCUGUUGCCAUCAUCGCUGGCGAUACGGGCGCUGGCAACCUCAUCAUUGCGUCCUCGAUCAUCCUGUCAUUCGGCCUGCCCUAUGCACUCAUCCCGCUCCUCAAGUUCACCAGCAGCCCUGUCAAGAUGGGGCCCUUCACCAACCACCCCACUGUCACUGCAGCUGCAUACAUCAUCGGCACUGUAGUUAUCUUUGUUAAUUGCGUGCUCGUGGUGCAAGCCUGCGUGGAGUAUCUGGUAUCUGACAACCUGCCCCCGGGAGUCCAAAUCCCCCUUGGGAUUGCCAUAGCCGUCGUGCUCCUCAUAUACGUCGUCUCCCUCGCACUGCUGGCACGACGGCCUCGCCACGUGGCCGCGGCUGUCGCCGCGCGUAGGGGCUUAGUCCAUCGCGCGUCUCGAGUUAGCGACGUCGUUGACGGCGCUUGUCGCGGCCAGCCGUACGAUGCGUUCAUUGGAUCCGUUCCAUCUCGAAGCGGCGAUCCUGAUCGCACGCUCCUCACAUCGCUCCCGAUCCUUCCCUCCGCGGUCCGUUCGCACGAUCCUGGGUGUGACCAUACCGAAAGCACUCGCUUCGGGAACCAUUUCUUCACCCGACUUUAUUCCCUCGCUGCAAGCACAUCCUCCAACGUUCGUGAGGGGCACGACGGCAGUGACUAUAGCGGGGGUAGGAUGAAGCGGGAGCACGACGCGCACGAGGCGGUGGUGUACGCGCGGAACAUCAACGAGUACAACGCCGCGGCGCUCGAGCUGUCGCGGUCGCGAAAGCCGUACCUGCUGCGCACGCUGUACGCGGACAUGCUGAUGGACGGCGUGCAGCCCAACUUCGUGACGUUCCACGCGGCCAUCACGGCGUGCAUGCGCGCCAACCGCCUGCACGACCUCGUCUUCUUCUUCAACCAGAUGCGCGCGCGCGGCAUCACACCUGAUCGCUACAUGUUGAACUGCAUUAUGACGGCAUACAGUCGCACUGGGCACGCGGAGAAGGUGUUUCGGGUGGACUGGGACAUGCGCGCUGCAGGGCGCUCCCCCAACAUCCGCACCUACCACGCGCUGCUCACCGCCUGCACCACCUCCGGCCGCUUCGACAAAGCCGCAGAGGUGCAGGAGCGCAUGAGGAAGGACAGCGUGGCGAUGAACAAGUUCUGCUACGCUGCGCUCGUUGCCAUGCACCAGCGGGUCCGCCCCUCCUCCCCGCGCAUCGUUGCCAAGAUUUUCUCACUUGUGGAAGAGUCCAUAACAGCACCCACCUACAGCCCUGAACCCGACUCCACCCCCACCAAAACCACCACUGCCACUGCAGUCACCACUGCCACCGCCGCCACCACUGCCGGCACCCGCAGCAGCACUGACCCCACCGCUGAUUACCCAGCUGAUUCCACCUCUGACUCCGCUGCAGAUCCCUCUGCUGAUGGCGCCGCUGCCACUGGUACCAGCAGCAGCGCCGGUGCAGCACGGGUGUCAGGUGCAGAGGCAGAGAGAGAGGAGAUGAGUGAGACGAAUAGGAUGGAAGAGCAGCUGGCAUUGGCGGAGCAGGAGGGCGGGGAUGGGAUGGGCAUGGAUGAUAUGGGUGAAUACGGUGGGCGGGAGGAGAGGGCGGGAGGGGUGAGAGGAGGAGGCGGAGGCGGGCUGAUCUAUGCGAAUGCGGAUCUUGUGGUGCACCGCGCUGCGCUGAGGGCGUUCCUGGACGCACACCAGGUGCAGGCAGCAUUCCGUCUGGUGCGGAUGAUAGAGGACAGCGGCAUUGUCCCCGAUGCUGCCCUGCAGACUCUCCUCUUCAGGGUGCAUCUGCAGGCGGGCAACGAGGCAGAGGCGCUCAAGCUGGCGGACCUCUAUUACGGCCCCAAUGCGCGCCCCUACAUCGACCAGUUCGUGCAAGCCAUCUCGUACAGCCUGAGGGAGCUGCGCCCCAUUGGGAUGAAUGUCGCCCUGCGACUGCUGGAGCUGUUCUUCAACCACGGCUUCUACUUCACGCGCAAGCAGGGCAGCCAGCUGCUGCAGGAGGCGCUCACCAGCGAUAGGCGCAGCAUGGCGGCAGCAGAGAGGCUGUUUGACCACGUGGUGGCGAAGCACCAGGCGCCUGAGUUUGAUGCUGUGCUCGACUUCAUGCGCGCUCUCCGGCGUCGGCAAACACCCAAGACCGAUGAGCGGUGGUUGCUGGUCCAAGACCUCAUCAAGCGGCGGCGGAACAUCAGAGGGAUGUGGAUGAAGGGAAUGCAGGGCGAAGGCCGUGAGCAUGAGUCACAGCUAUCGGUGGAACACGAUGAGGGCAUGGCCGGUCGCGGAAUCGCGUUGACGAAGCCGGCAUGGAUGAAGGAGCAGGAGGAGAAGGCUAAAGCAGAAGCGGCGCGAGCAGCAGCCAUCGCCGCCUCAAAGGCCGGCGCAGCAGGCGGAGGCGACGACACCGACAGCAGCGACGAAGAGGAGGAGGACGAAGCGACUCGACUCGCGAAGAAACCCAUCGGGCCCGUCUGCCCCGCGAAGUGCUCCGCCGCGGGAUCGGGCGUCGGGGGCGGAUCGGCGGGCGCGCCCGUAUCCUUCGUUAUAGUCCUUAAAGACGAGGACGGGCGGCGGAUCUUAGCGGGCGGAGCGAAGGUGACGGUGAAGGUGACGCCUAAGGCGGGCGUGCCUGGCCAGGAGCAGAUCGCAGCGAUUAAGGACCACGGCGACGGGUCGUACACGGCGACUUACACCGUACAGCACCGAGGAGAUUACACGGUCAACGCGGAGGUCAACGGCAGUCCCAUCAUGGGCAGCCCGUUUCCGGUUUUCUUCAGCGCCGCUACAGCCGGUCAACCGGCGUCAACGCCUCUUCCGGUGGCGGUCAACGCGGCGCCGCCGCUGAUGCCGACGCCGGCGCUGCCGACUCCGCAACUUCCGACGCCGCCGAUGCCGACGCCGGGCAUGCCGAAUCCGCUGAUGGCGGCGGCGCUGCAGUUCCGCGGGCUGCUCCCGACCAUGGGCGGAAUGCCCUUCACCAGCCCGUACCCUGGCAUGGCGGGCGGCGUGCUUCCCGGAACUGGUAAGAUUGAGAUGGAGGAUUUCCGCUUUCUCCCUUGCGUGCUGAGCGCUGCAGGAGGUUUGACGAACAUGCCACUUGCGCCAUCCGCGGCGGCGAUGGCGGCGGCGCAGAGCAUCAUGGCGGUGCAGGCGAUGCAGGCGCAGGCGCAGGCGCAAGCACAGGCGCAGGCUCAGGCGCAAGCGCAAGCUCAAGCGCACGCGCAAGUGCAGGCGCAGGCGCAGGCCCAGGCUCAGGCACAAGCGGCGGCGGCAGCUGCGGCGAUUCAACAGCAGAAGCUGCUGCAGCAGAAGAGCGAAUACGUUGAGGACUACUAUUCGGCGAUGGACGACGACGAGUUGGAGCGAACGAUGCACGUCACCAACGUCAGCUCCAUUCUCACGCCCGAGCAGCUUCGCCAGCUCUUCGCCUUCUGCGGCACGGUUACCCGCUGCGAAUUCCUCAACGACAAGAAAACCGUCGCACACGUUCGAUUCGCGAAAGCCGACGAGGCGAAAGCGGCGCUCGCGCUGAACAACAUGGCGGUCGGCGACAAGCAACUCAAAGUCGAGCUUGCGAAAACCGCGAAAGCCACGCGACAGGCCGUCCUCUCCGCGCUCGCUCCGCCCGCCCCCGCCCCCGCCCCCGCGCCCACCCCCGCGCCCGCCGCCCCCGCGCCCGCCGCGCCUGCGACAACCGCUGCGACGUCGCAGAUGGCGAUGCAGCAGGCCGUCGCAAUGCCGUUUAUGCAGUUCCAACAGGCGCUCGCGAUGCAGCAGGCGCUGGCGCAGCAGGUGCGCAGCUCCGAGGCCAAGACCAAGGCGGAACUCGCCGCCAAGCGCGCGAAGGAGAUCAGCCGCGCGAUUGCGGCGGGCGGCGCGGGGAAGGACGACGGGAAGGACAAGGAUGGGAAGGACGGGGACGGGAAGGGGAAGGACGGGAGCGGGUCGGACAGGAGGAGGAAGAGGAGGAGGAGGGCUGGGAGGAAGAAAGGUCGCGCACGGGACGAGCGGGAUUCGGAGGAGGAGAGUGAGGAGAGAGAGGAGGCCAGGCGGAAGGAAUCUGCGAGGAAGACGAGGGGUAGAGGCGCGAGUGAGGAGAGUGAGGAGGAAGAGGAGGAAGACGAGGAGGAGAGGGGGAAGGGGAGGGGUGGGCGGAAGGAGGCGGAGCGGCGGGAGAGAGAGUUGAGAGAGAAGCUGCUUCGAGACAAGCUGGAGCGGCAGAGGCGCGAGGCGGAGAGGCGGAGAGGCGCGAAGGAGGAGGACGAAGAGGAAGAGGAGGACGAGGAGGAGGAGGAGGAGGAGGAGAAGAAGGGCGAGCGGGAUGCGAGGAAGGGAGGGCGGGGCGAGGAGGAAGAGAGUGACCGUUCGGAUAGGGAAGGUGGGCGGGGUAAGAAGGGGGAAGAGGAAGACGAAAGUGACCGAUCCGAAGGAGAGGGAGAGAGGGUGAAGAAGAAAAGAGUGGAAGAGGAUGAAGAGGAGGAGGAGGCGAGGCGCAGUGGGAGUGAGGAGAGGCAUGAGGGCGGUGAGAAGGAGGAUGAGGAAAGCGAGGAGAAGGAGAAGGAUGCGGCGAGGUCACGGCGUGCAGGGAGUGAGGAGAGUGAUAAGGGUAAGGGUAGUGAGGGUGAAGGAGAGAGGGAGGGUGAAGCAGAGAGGGUCAAGAAGAUGGAUGUUGAUGAGGAGGAGAAGGGAAAGGGGAAGGAUGAGAGUGAAGAGGAGAAGGAAAGGGAGAAAGAAAGGGAUGAGAGCGAAGAUGAACAGGAAGUUGAGAGGAAGAAUGGUGGCGAUGAGAGCAAGGAAGAGAAGGAAAAGGAGGAGAAGGAGAGGGAGAAGGGAGGGGAUGAGAGUGAUGAGGAGAAGGAGAAAGAGGAUGAGAGGGAGAAGGAGGAGAAGGAGAGGGAUGAGAGUGAAGAGGAGAAGGCGAUUGAGAAUGGGAGCAAAGGAGGAUCUGAGGAUGAAGCAGCAAGGAAGAAGGGAGGCGAGGAGGAGGAGGAGGAGGAUGAGGAGGAGGAGGAGGAGGAGGAGGAGGAAGGAGAAAAGUACCGGGAUGACGACGAGGAGAGUGACGAGGACGAGGAGGAGCGGCGUCACAGGCGCAGCAGGAGGAGCAAGAAGAGCCACAAGCGCCGGCGCAGCCACCGCGACGACGAAGAGGAGGAUGAGGAGGAAGGGGGAAAAAGGUCGUCUGAUGAGGAGGAGAGGGAUGAUAAGGACAGGAAGGAGGGUGGUCGUGGGGGAAGGCGGAAGGAGAGGGGGUCUGAUGAUGAGGAGGAGAAAAGUGGAAGGCGGAGCAGCAGGAAGAGGUCGGGGCGAGAUGAUUCUGAUGAGGAGAAGGGCCGGUCUUCUAGGGAUAAGAAGCACCACAGCCGCAGCCACCGCUCCAGGCGUCGCUCGCCUUCCCUCUCUCCUGCCCGUGGCAAGGACAGUCGCCGUCCGGCCUCCGAUGACGACUCUCCUUCUCGCAGCGACUGA